GGUGUUUCUGUUGAAAGAGGGAGUGUCCUCAAUUUCACCGCCCUCUUGAUCAUACAAACUCUCUCAAAACACUUACAACCAGUAUUUGGUCAUAGACAAUCUAGUUGUUUGCUGACGAUAUUUAUGUACUGACCGGAAACAUAAAAAUAACAAGUGUGCGUGUGGUUGGAUAAUAUACGGGGUGGUGUGAUUAAAAAAUGAGUUCGCCGGUACGUGAUAUCGAAGUUAACGUUGUUUCAAGUCCGGAAUCUUCAAGCAGGAACGGAUCACCCGAACCGGAAAACUUCCGGUUAAUCAACCAUAUCGCGACACCAAACAUUACGUGUUUUCCGGUUAUCAAAACAAGUGACGAUGAAAAAACUGAUAACAAGGAUUUAGCCAAAGUUCAACAGAAAAGUUCAGGAGCUUCCACGAAUUUUUCCAUAUCGAGUAUACUGUCAAGAACCGAACCGGCGGUUAAGAAAAACGGUUUUCUCACUACCGGACAAAGUAUUCUAGAGAGUGGAAUUGCUAACAAUGCUGAUAGUGCGAUGCUUUCACGGUUGGGUCUCAUGACGCAUUUCGGAGCUCUUGCGGCCGCCAGCAGCAGAUAUGCCGCUCUUUGCGGCGGCCCCACGGACCCGAGGACGUUACCAUGGUAUUGGGGACGAAUACCCUCGCAAUUACCGCAAGAAAAAUCCAGCCCUAACGGAUGUUCCACCAACGAUGACCAAUCCCCGCCCAUCUCGCCCCGCGACACCCAAAACACCUCAACCACCCUCGAAACCAGCCGUUCAUCUCGCCCAUCGUCACCCUCAGACAACCCAAGAUCACCAGGAAGCCCCCAUCACAUCCCCUCGAGUCAUCCCGCCUUCCUUGACCAGAACUACAUUCGCUCAAAAAGUCCAUACCGGGACAACGACAACAUGAUCAUAGACGAAGAAGUCGAAGAAGACGAAAGUGACUACGACAACGACAAAGACAAGAAAAUGCCAAGCUCGAGUUUAAGUCCUGGAAACUCUCUCUCCAACAAACGGAAAAAGAAAACGCGAACUGUGUUUUCCAGAUCACAGGUGUUUCAACUAGAGUCGACUUUUGACAUGAAGAGGUACUUGUCGUCCUCGGAACGAGCGGGUCUAGCGGCGAGUCUCCACUUAACUGAAACCCAAGUCAAAAUUUGGUUCCAAAAUCGGCGAAAUAAAUGGAAGCGGCAGUUGGCCGCCGAGUUAGAGGCUGCAAAUAUGGCCCAUGCGGCCCAGAGACUCGUCAGGGUACCCAUUCUGUACCACGAAUCGGCCAACUCGACUAUACGACACCCAUUUGAGCAGAACCACGCUUUGAGUCUGCACCAUCCUCUCGAAGUGAGCAGAGACGGGGGGACCAGUGGUACUUCCGUAACAUCUCCCACAGGGUACCCCAGUUCUUUGUAUUACCAUCACCAAGCCGCUGUUGCCGCAGCAGUGCAUAACCUACCAUCCAGUCCAGUAAAUCGGCCGCCCAUGUCUGGACUUGUGUGAACAAGUGCAUAUUAAAAAUAUGGGUUUUUGUGCAAAUUUUUGUUAUCAAAAUAAAAUUGUUUUCUCGGCCUCAUUCACAACAUACGAGUACGUGCAAAUUAGUUUCUUUAUUAUUAUUGUAGAAAUGCUUCAUGUACAUAACUGACUGUAACUAUUAUAUUUAUUUAUUUAUGUAGCUAAUUGUACAUACUGAAAUUUAUAAGCAGCUACCACAGUUACCUAUA